AUGGCUGAUGUCAAAACGCUUCGCUGGGGCAGCCCAGGGGCACGGCCGCUCCGGGGGUCCCCUUUCGUCUGGAGAAACACACAGGCCCACCAUCACCUGGCCGCGCCGUGCAGGCCUCUGCGCGGACCCCCGCUCCUGUCUCCACCUUCCCCAGGCCUGCGGGCACCAAACCUCUCCCUCCUCCUCCUCCCCCUCGCCUCAGCUCCUCCUCUCGGGCGGGGGCGGGUAACCGGGGGUGGAGUGGAGGCGGGCGGGGGACGCGGCCGCCCCGGCGCCCACGGGACGCGGGGCGGGCCGCGGGCCGCGGGCUGCAGGACGGCGGGCGCUGGGUUCGGCCUGGCUGGGCCAGCGGCUCCUAACACCGGACGGGCGGCUGCGGCGGCACUUCCGGGUUGGCCUUCUCCAUGUUGGUCUCGGGAACGUGAAGGGGCGGGGCCUCGAGGUCAGGGCUCAGCGCCUCCCUGGUUGCCGUGGCGACUGGAGGCACGCGACGCGGGCGCGAUGGCGGGGACUCUAGGCCCGGGAUUUGAUGCUGCUUGGGCCUGGCCCAGUGGCGGGUCCUGGGGACGUGGCAGAGGCCGGCAGAUGGAGAUUCAGAAACAUAAGGACAACAAGAAACUUUCCCAAGCUUUUUUCAACUGUGAAAACAUGCUGAGAUUGACUAGAGUUUUCAUCUCAUGGAAAAUUCAGAAUCAGAAUCAAAAACAGCUGAGGUAGUUACUCGGGUGCCUUCCUUCAACUUAUUCAAAAGAAUAUAGGAUGAACGACUCUCAGAAGGUGAUGGAUGGGAUAUUCUGAAAGUUGGAAGGCAGGCUUUGAGCCACAGAGAGCCACUGCAACAUUUGAAGAUUCUGGUGAUGAUGCUGACUGCCUGGCUACCUAAGAGGAAGAAAGGUUUGCCAACCCUUCUCUCAUGCUCACCGUCCAUCUUCCAUCACCUUUCCCCCUUUUAAUGCCCUUUCCCUGCUUUUUUUUAUCCAAUAAACCUUUA